CCCCCUGGCGGUGGGACAGGAGGGGGCGGGGAAACUGCGGCUCAAACAGUCAGCAAGGCUCUCCUCCUCAGCGCCUCAAGCUGAGUUCACCCUGUACGAACAGCCUUCUCCUCACCACACUGCCGCCUACACCGCGGCCACCCAUGGCUCUGUGUAAUGGAGACUCCAAGGUAGACAAAGCCGGAACUGAUGUAAAGGAUGGUCAGCAUCAAUAUGAGGGAUCAGUUGUGAUUUUAGAUGCUGGCGCUCAGUAUGGAAAAGUUAUCGACCGCCGCAUUCGAGAGUUCUUUGUGCAGUCUGAAAUUUUUCCAUUGGAAACACCAGCUUUUGCAAUCAGAGAGCAAGGAUUCCGGGCUAUCAUCAUAUCAGGAGGACCAAAUUCUGUGUAUGCUGAAGAUGCCCCUUGGUUUGAUUCUGCUAUAUUUGCAAUUGGCAAACCAGUACUUGGAAUCUGCUAUGGCAUGCAGAUGAUGAACAAAGUAUUUGGAGGCACUGUCCAUAAGAAAAAUGUCAGAGAAGAUGGAGUGUUUCCUAUAACUAUUGAUAAUACAUGUUCUUUGUUCAGGGGCCUGCAGAAAGAGGAGGUAGUGUUGCUGACACAUGGAGACAGUGUGGACAAGGUUGCAGACGGCUUUAAAAUUGUUGCACAAUCUGGAAACAUAGUAGCGGGAAUAGCUAAUGAGGCCAAGAAGCUGUAUGGCGUGCAGUUUCACCCAGAGGUUGGUCUAACUGAGAAUGGGAGAGUGAUGUUGAAAAACUUCCUGUAUGAUAUUGCUGGAUGCAGUGGUACCUUUACUGUACAAAAUAGAGAAGUAGAAUGCAUCCGUGAAAUCAAAGAAAAGGUUGGCUCCUCUAAGGUUUUGGUUUUACUGAGUGGGGGUGUCGACUCCACAGUAUGCACUGCUCUGCUUAAUAAGGCCUUAAAUCAAGAUCAGGUUAUUGCAGUUCACAUAGACAAUGGAUUUAUGAGGAAACGAGAGAGUCAGUCUGUGGAGGAAGCACUCAAAAAGCUGGGCAUCCAAGUCAAAGUUGUGAAUGCAGCCCAUUCAUUUUACAAUGGUACAACAACAUUACCAAUAUCAGAUGAGGACAGAACACCACGUAAAAGAAUAAGUAAAACACUUAACAUGACCACAAACCCCGAGGAGAAAAGGAAGAUUAUUGGUGAUACAUUUGUCAAGAUUGCUAAUGAAGUUAUUGGUGAAAUGAACCUGAAUCCUGAAGAAGUAUUCCUUGCACAAGGGACACUGAGGCCAGAUUUGAUUGAAAGUGCAUCUCUGAUUGCCAGUGUUAAAGCUGAGGUUAUAAAAACACAUCACAAUGAUACAGAGCUCAUCAGAAAGUUGCGGGAAGAGGGUAAAGUGAUUGAGCCAUUGAAAGACUUCCACAAAGACGAAGUCAGAGUGCUGGGAAGAGAACUUGGCCUCCCUGAAGAGCUUGUCUGCCGGCAUCCAUUCCCAGGACCUGGGUUAGCCAUUCGAGUGAUCUGUGCUGAGGAACCUUAUGUCUGCAAAGACUUUGCAGAAACCAAUAAUAUUUUGAAAAUUGUCGCCGACUAUUCAGCAAGUGUUAAAAAGCCACAUACUCUACUACAGAGAGUCAAAGCCUGUACAUCUGAAGAGGACCAGGAUAAACUAAUGCAAAUUACUAGUCUACAUUCACUUAAUGCCUUCUUGUUGCCUAUUAAAACUGUUGGAGUGCAGGGGGACUGUCGCUCUUACAGUUAUGUGUGUGGAAUUUCCUGCAAAGAUGCCCCACACUGGGAGUCCCUAAUGUACCUGGCCAGGCUAAUACCUCGCAUGUGUCACAAUAUCAACAGAGUGGUGUAUGUAUUUGGGCCACCAGUCAAAGAGCCCCCUACAGAUGUUACCCCUACCUUUUUAACAACAGGUGUGCUAAGUACAUUACGGCAAGCAGACUUUGAAGCUCAUAAUAUUCUAAGAGAGUCUGGUUUUGCUGGUAAGAUCAGUCAAAUGCCGAUUAUAUUAACGCCACUGCAUUUUGAUCGCGAUCCUUUGCAAAAGCAACCUUCUUGUCAGAGAUCGGUGGUUAUCCGUACAUUUAUCACCAGCGACUUUAUGACUGGAAUUGCUGCAACUCCAGGCAACGAGAUUCCAGAAGAGGUUGUAUUGAAAAUGGUUACAGAAAUCAAGAAGAUUCCUGGAAUUUCUCGAGUAAUGUAUGACUUGACUUCAAAGCCACCUGGAACUACUGAGUGGGAAUAAUUCACCUUUUGUAUGGUUUAAAAGUACUGUGUGCAGCUUGAUUUCUAUCAUAAACCAUUCCCAGUGUUGAAAUGCAGUACUGUUUUACAAUUGACUGGAGCUGCUACUGUACAUGACAUCUGAUUCCGUUCCCAGAGCUGAAACCUUCGGUAACUGGUGGGGUAUAUACCUUCAUGGGGCAGAAUAUUUGUACGGGUAAUAAAUAAUGGCAGCAUUGCCUCACUGCAGACAGACUCAUCUUGCUUUGCCUUUUGUCUUACAGAUUCUGCCUGUAUUCAUGUGUUUUUUUUUUUUUUUUCGUUGUUGCUGUCAUUUUAAUGUUUUUUUUUUUCUUUUGUAAACUGUAUAAAUAAAAGCAGUUCAUUUAUAUACAUGUAUUAAGACCAUUGUUAUAGCCUAAUGUAAAAUGAUCAACUGAUGUGACCAACUGCUUUUGAAAAGAUUUAUUAUAAAUAAAUAUUUUGCCAAAUGGAGUUGCCAUUGUUAAAGAGA